AUGUUCCUCCACUCCUACACUCUUCCCAGUGGUAUCUUCCACCACCCCCACGCUCUUCCCAGUGUUAUCUCCCACCACCCCACACCCUUCCCAGUGGUAUGUUCCUCCACUCCUGCACUCUUCCCAGUGGUAUCUUCCACCACCCCCACGCUCUUCCCAGUGGUAUCUUCCACCACCCCACACCCUUCCCAGUGGUAUCUUCCUCCACUCCUCCACUCUUCCCAGUGGUAUCUUCCACCACCCCACACCCUUCCCAGUGGUAUCUUCCUCCACUCCUACACUCUUCCCAGUGGUAUCUUCCACCACCCCACACCCUUCCCAGUGGUAUCUUCCUCCACUCCUACACUCUUCCCAGUGUUAUCUUCCACCACACCCACACCCUUCCCAGUGGUAUCUUCCACCACCCCCACGCUCUUCCCAGUGUUAUCUUCCACCACCCCACACCCUUCCCAGUGGUAUGUUCCUCCACUCCUCCACUCUUCCCAGUGUUAUCUUCCACCACCCCACACCCUUCCCAGUGGUAUGUUCCUCCACUCCUACACCCUUCCCAGUGGUAUCUUCCACCACCCCCACGCUCUUCCCAGUGUUAUCUUCCUCCACACCCACACCCUUCCCAGUGGUAUCUUCCUCCACUCCUACACUCUUCCCAGUGGUAUCUUCCACCACCCCCACAUCAUGCCCAGUGAUAUCUUCCACCACACCCACACCCUUCCCAGUGGUAUCUUCCACCACACCCACACCCUUCCCAGUGAUAUCUUCCACCACCCCACACCCUUCCCAGUGGUAUCUUCCACCACACCCACACCCUUCCCAGUGGUAUCUUCCUCCACCCCACACCCUUCCCAGUGGUAUCUUCCACCACACCCACACCCUUCCCAGUGGUAUCUUCCACCACACCCACACCCUUCCCAGUGGUAUCUUCCACCACCCCACACCCUUCCCAGUGGUAUCUUCCUCCACUCCUACACUCUUCCCAGUGGUAUCUUCCACCACCCCCACAUCAUGCCCAGUGAUAUCUUCCACCACCCCACACCCUUCCCAGUGGUAUCUUCCACCACACCCACACCCUUCCCAGUGGUAUCUUCCUCCACCCCACACCCUUCCCAGUGGUAUCUUCCACCACCCCACACUCUUCCCAGUGGUAUUUUCCUCCACCCCACACCCUUCCCAGUGGUAUCUUCCACCACCCCACACCCUUCCCAGUGGUAUCUUCCUCCACCCCACACCCUUCCCAGUGGUAUCUUCCACCAUACCCACACCCUUCCCAGUGGUAUCUUCCUCCACCCCACACCCUUCCCAGUGGUAUCUUCCACCACCCCACACCCUUCCCAGUGGUAUCUUCCACCACACCCACACCCUUCCCAGUGGUAUCUUCCUCCACCCCACACCCUUCCCAGUGGUAUCUUCCACCACACCCACACCCUUCCCAGUGGUAUCUUCCUCCACCCCACACCCUUCCCAGUGGUAUCUUCCUCCACCCCACACCCUUCCCAGUGGUAUCUUCCACCACCCCACACUCUUCCCAGUGGUAUCUUCCACCACCCCACACCCUUCCCAGUGGUAUCUUCCUCCACCCCACACCCUUCCCAGUGGUAUCUUCCUCCACCCCACACCCUUCCCAGUGGUAUCUUCCACCACCCCACACUCUUCCCAGUGGUAUCUUCCACCACCCCACACCCUUCCCAGUGGUAUCUUCCACAAAGAUGCCAUAGAAGGGUGUUGGGACUAACAGGACCCUACUGUAAAGUAAUGGUUUCAGAGAUUGAAGAAGAGAGACUAUUGACAACAGUGAUGUUUGGUAAAUGA